AUGCCGUUAUUGGAUCCCGGUAAACCGACCCCGACCGCCGCCAGCAAUACCACCGCUGCACCCCAAGCACAACCCCUCCAGCAUACCUCCACCAUACAAAUUGUUGCCUUCAACAUCUUCAGUGUUGCCCUCGUUUGUGCUGCAGGCGUGCUAGGCUGGUACGUCAGCUCAGGCUCGUCGCGGAGCAGGCGCAAAGACCGACUGCCAUCUGAUAGCCACUCUCUGAAGCUGGACCCAUUGGGCCAAAUAUUUGGCUACCUUUGCGCAGCGCUGUAUUUGGGCAGUCGUAUUCCGCAGCUCUUACUGAACUACAAGAGGAAAAGUACUGAAGGGGUUUCGUUACUUUUCUUCCUAUUCGCGUGCGUGGGGAACCUGACCUAUAUAUUGUCGAUAUUUGCAUAUUUGCCGCGGUGCAAAGGGGAACGUGGCAUUUGCCGGCUAGGUGAGCAGAGGAGAAUUUAUGCUAGGUAUAUUUUGGUGAAUGCAUCGUGGCUGUUGGGGAGUUUGGGCACACUCAUUUUGGACCUUGCGAUCUUUGUACAAUUUAUUUUGUAUAAGGAAAAGGUUGUGAAUGGUGAUUGUGAGGAGGAAGAAUGA